AAGCACUCCGCCGAUGGCGUCAUCUCGCUUGCCGUGGGAGAGAUCGUCUCUCGUUUUUAUCGGUGUUUGCGGAAGUUAACUGAAAGUGAUGAAAAUGGAACUGCAGUCAAAAGUUUCUCAAAAUGGUGACAAUGGGAAUGGAUCCCCCCAACUGAAGAAACCUAUAGAUCCUGUUGCAGGAUUGUCGAAGGAUGGCAUCACCAUGACACCACCUAUCGACCACUCGCCGCUCCCCCGACAAGACUCGCUUCCAUUGUCCCCACAACAGCCAAUGUCUCCAGACCCAGUCCAUGAUCUGCCUGAGGAACUGCUCCUUGCUGGAUGGAGAAAGUUCUGGAGCAAACGAGAACAACGACCAUAUUUUUUUAAUAAAAACACCAAUGAGUCCCUAUGGGAUCAGCCCCCACCAAUUGGUGGUCAACAACCAGAUUUGUUAAGUGAUCCCCUGGGUAUAGGAUCUGUGCCCCCGCAGGUUGCUGGGGAUGUAAGACUGUCUCGACCCAGUAUAGAAAUUCCUCCAGCACAAGUUGGGGAGAAGCGACGGGCUAGUGCAGAGAUGGGACAACUCAGUCCAUCAAAGAGACCAGCAUUUGCUUACAGCCCAUUUUGGAAUUUUGAUAUACCCAGUAAUGCUGUGAUAUAUGAGCGUGCCCCUCCUGUCCUCCCUCCUCCGCAUCCUGACAUUGAGAAUCUCCGAGCACAAAUGAUCGCUCGGCUCAGGACACACUAUCAGGAGCUCUGCCAAGCCAGAGAAGGAAUACACGCCCCUACAGAGUCGUUUAACAGGUGGUUAUUGGAGAGGAAGGUUAUGGACAAGGGUAGUGACCCCUUCCUGCCGUCAGUGUGCUCACCUGAGAUAUCACAGUCUAUGUACAGGGAAAUUAUGAAUGACAUACCUGUCAAACUGAUCAAACCUAAGUACUCCGGGGACGCCAAGAAACAGCUCUUUAAAUACGCUGAAUCAGCAAAGAAAAUGAUAGAAACCAGGAGUGCUUCAUCUGAAAGUCGCAAGAUUGUCAAGUGGAAUGUAGAGGACACAUUCACAUGGUUAAGAAAACAACAAAAUGCAAGCUAUGAGGAUUUUUUGGAACGACUAGCUCAUCUUAAACGACAGUGUCAGCCUCACCUCACAGAAACAGCUAAGGGAUCUGUGGAGGGCAUUUGUAGUAAAAUCUUCAACAUGUCUGCAGACACAGUCAAAACUCUGCAUGAAAAACACUGGCAGUUACUUAAGGAAAGCAACAUCACUCCUGUUCCACCAUUCCCAGAGCCAACACAUAAGCGUAAGGUUGUGUGUUACCCUAUACAAAUGGUGAUUCCAUGUCCACGAAUGCCACUGGUUGAAAUGCAGACAGAAAAUGAGGUUCACAGCCUCAAGUACAAAACAGAAGCUCUCAGAAUCAACAGCUCACAUUUUCAUAAACUGGAACAGCUUUAUAGACUGAAUUGUAGAGAUGAUCCCAGAUUUGACCAGUUUCUUGCCCGAGUAUGGUGUUUGCUACGGAGAUAUCAGACGCUGUUUGGGAUUCACGCCAGUGAGGGCUUCGGUUUACAAGGAGCCCUUCCUGUACCUGUGUUUGAAUGUUUAAACCGUGUGUUUGGUGUGUCAUUUGAGUGUUUUGCAUCCCCAUUAAACUGCUACUUCAGGCAGUACUGUUCAGCGUUCGAAGAUACAGAUUCUUAUUUUGGUUCUCGUGGAUCAAUUUUGAAAUUCCAUCCAGUGAGCGGAUCAUUUGAAGCCAAUCCACCAUUUUGUGAGGAACUCAUGGAAGCAAUGGUUGAUCAUUUUGAGGGCUUGCUAGGUGAUACCCAGGAACCCUUGUCAUUUAUUGUGUUCAUCCCUGAGUGGAGAGACCCUCCCACUGAGGCGCUCAUGCGACUCGAGUCUAGCAGAUUCAAAAGGAAACAGGUGAUAUUUCCGCCAUAUGAGCAUGAAUACAGGAGUGGUUUUCAACAUUUUUGUCCCAAGACCGAGAUGAGUUCCAAGUCAUUACACGGUACAAUGGUGGUGUUUCUCCAGAACAAUGCAGGAUUUGCCAAAUGGGGACCAACCCCAGAACGAGUCAAGGAAUUACUGUUAUCAUCUAAACCCCGUGAUACUGUAUAACACAAGUGUUCACAGAUCUCAGUGCGAAGGUUGACACAGACUUUGUUCCACAGACAGUUAAGGUUGGGAUGCGUGUUGAUAUUUGUAUCUUUGUAUCUGCAGCUGCAGACAUCGGCUUCACUUUCUGCAUCAGUUGGAUAUCCUGUGUCUGGUUGAAUUUCCAGUGUCUGGUUGGUACCAGUGUUGUACUUGAAUCUCUAGCAUCGGGACACUUUUGAUUUAAAAAUACAGUCUAGUAUAACAGUAGAUAUGUUCUGGAGGUUAAACCUGUUGGAAUAUUGCCAAACAUUCUUUAAUAGUUUAAAAUCACAAUUAAAAUCAUAUUUUCUUCCCAGGUAUUAAUGUAACCAUUUUUUUAAGAUAUGACAGACAAAGUGUUUAUACUUGUUUUUAAGUUUGAAACUCAUGUAAAGGUGAUGAGUGUCACAGUAAGGUAGUAUUUAUUCAUCAGUACCAGUUUAAAAACAUCCUAUGUUAUCCCCGAUAGAAUUCAUAAGAAUUAUUCCUGAUACAUCAAAUAGAAAAUUUGACUCUAUGAAAGCAGUUCACUUUCAAAUAUUAGUAUUUGUUGAGCAGUAUUUUGGGGUUUUAUUGUCUGGAUUAACAAGGUUUCAGUAUACACGAUGGAGACAUUUGUAGUUCAUUAAAUAUUUCUUGUCAUUAAGUUACUAGGUAUGUGAACUGAUGUGACUGAGACACAAAAGUGUUAUCUCGUGAAACUUUGUCAUUCUGAAAUCAGACAGGACUGUGUAUGAAACCAUUACCUAUUAGUAAGAUGUAUGUAAUUUAUUCCUGUAAUAUAUGUUGGCUGUAUUUACCUGACUUACAAUUGAGUGAUGCCCCUAUAGUUGGAAAUAUAGCAAUUGAACUGCACCAGCCUAUUUCAACCUGUGUGAUAUAUUAACAUUGUUAAAGUCUCUUCUGGACCAUCUCAUCACCAACAGUGGUUUGCGCUGAAUUUCGGAUCAAAUACACUUGCCAGAGGAAAGAUAAUUGAUUUGACAAAAUAAGGCAGCACCCAACUGUUUUAAAUUAUUAAAUUACAUUUAACACUUCAGAAUUGCUCAAAAUUUUAAAGUUAAAAAAAAUCACAUUUAAAAAUAUAUCGUGCUGAAAUUCCUUAUAUUUAUUUUUUAAAUGUAGACCAUUUUUGUCAUGCCCAUAUAAAUCAACUUUAUCAUGCCAUCACAUAAAUAGACUUAACAUAUCAUGAAAGUAUUUCAUAUUAAAGAGAUAAAUACUGGUGCACUAUUCCCUAAACCUGGGGGAAGGGAUCAAAAUAGCUUGACAAAACUAUCACAGGGCAACUACCCUUAAUCAGUAUUUAGAUUACCAAUUUUGUCCAAUAUCUAAGGAGGGAUAAUCUUUUUUUCUUCAUUAGCAAAGAUGAUUACAAUAAAAAGAGGUGAUUGACAUAUCCAACUUUCAAAACCACUCGAUGAUAAUGUUUAAUUAAGGUAUCAUGGAAAACGCUACCAACUCUUCAUUAAAAUUGGGCCAGAGGGAUCACUGUAAUAAACUGUUAUUUGUUUUGGUUGUGUACCAAUAAAAGUGUUGGUAAAAAGAUUUUCGGUUAUAUAUUUGUUAGAUAUUAUUAAUGUUGCAAGAGUUUUAUAGAUAUAUUCUACAGAUUUCUCCUGUUACACACAGUCCCUGUAAGUUAUCUCACCUAUUUAUAUGUCAAUACAUGCAAACGUUCUCUGUCAAAUGUGUUAGCAGGCUUUCUUUUGUUGCUUGGUUGUAUUUUGUAGACUGAGUUAAUAUAAAUUACCAUAGUCAAUAUGUGCGUCCUCAGACUGGUAUGGUAAUGAUAUGCCUUAAGUAAGUCGUAAACAUUUAGGUAAAUAGAACCUAAAUUAUUAUUAGAAAUAAGAAAUAGUCUGGAAUAUAUCUGGAUUUUACACUGGAUUUGGGAUAGACAGGUAUUUGAAAUCAUGGGUUCAGUUUCCCAAUUAUUUUCAAAAUUUCUACACUGAAAAUACUAUUACCCCCUUUAACUGCUUGCUUUGAAUAUUUUCUUGGUAUUUAGAAACAUUUAUAUAAAAACUGGGUUUUUUUUAAAUUUGUAUGAUGCUUAUAGCCUAGGCGAAGACUGAAGUGCUUUCUCUUGUUUUGUGUUGAUUCUAUUGUACAGAUUAUUGCAUGUAGCAUGUUGUGAACUGUGUACUGGUAUAUAAUAAUUAUUUAUUAGUUUUCUAAUGUCAGAGGUAGAACAAUGAACUGCAUGGUUUUGUUAUUUUCUGCAGCAUCACAUUUUUACUGGUGUAUCAAUAUAAAUUAUUUUUUUGACUGACUCGUGUAAUUCGUUAUUGAGAAUGUUUAUUUUGUUGACAUGUUGCAUGAAUGAUUUCCAUGCUGGUUAAUUUGUCCCAGCUAUGAAAAUUAGCUUCAUGAUAAUACUGAGGUAUUUGUUGUGUACUAAACACCGUAGAUAUUAAACAAUAUUCACAAACUGUGAUGUACAAAAUAUGUGUAUAAUAUUAGAAGCUGGAUGGUAUAUCUUGAGCCAAGAUGGCCUCCUUAUCUAAAAUGUCUUAAAAGGAAUAUUAGGAAACGGAACUCUUUUGAUCUUCUUAUCGUCCGUUCUAGAAUCGAGAUACCAUCAUGUCGGAUAUGUGGAUAAAAAACAAAAUUUACAAAAUUCAGAGUACAUACAGAUUGGUAUGUUUACAUGGUUUUUCCGUAAAACAAUUUAAGACUUUUUACUUAAAAACAGGUAUUAUAAACUUUGUUAACUUAUUACGCUUUGUAUGUACCUAAAGCAAUGAUGUGAUAUACUUAAGAUACUCUUGUGAACAGAAAUGUGGAGAUUGGGCGCUUUCAGUCUGUUUUGAAAUGGAUGAUAGCAGUGAAGUAAAGUCUAAUUGUUCAAACCUAAUAUGGUUAUCGUUAAACAGGCAACAGCCAUGUUUCUGUCUGCAAGUGCUACUUAUGAUGUCACAUGAUCGCUCUAUUGUGAACCACAUUCUGCUACGAGAGGAUACUAGUACAUACACACAUAUGUACAUUUGGCAGGUCUGAUGUUAGUGGGUACUAGUACAUAUACACAUAUAUGUACAUGUGGCCGGUCUGAUGUUAGAGGGUAGUGGUACAUACACAUAUAUGUACAUGUGGCCGGUCUGAUGUUAGUGGGUAGUGGUACAUACACAUAUAUGUACAUGUGGCCGGUCUGAUGUUAGUGGGUAGUGGUACAUACACAUAUAUGUACAUGAGGCCGGUCUGAUGUUAGAGGGUAGUGGUACAUACCGGUAUAUGCACAUGUGGCCGGUCUGAUGUUAGAGGGUAGUGGUACAUACCGGUAUAUGCACAUGUGGCCGGUCUGAUGUUAGAAGGUAGUGGUACAUACACAUAUAUGUAUUUGUGACAGGUCUGAUGUUAGAGGGUAGUGGAACAUACACAUAUAUGUUCAUGUGGCAGGUCUGAUGUUAGAGGGUAGUGGUACAUACACAUAUAUGUACAUGUGGCAGGUCUGAUGUUAGAGGGUAGUGGUACAUACACAUAUAUGUACAUGUGACAGGUCUGAUGUUAGAGGGUAGUGGUACAUAAACCUAUAUGUACAUGUGACAGGUCUGAUGUUAGAGGGUAGUGGUACUAGUACAUAUAUAUGUACAUGUGGCAGGUCUGAUGUUAGAGGGAAGUGGUACAUACACAUAUAUGUACAUGUGACAGGUCUGAUGUUAGAGGGUAGUGGUACAUACACAUAUAUGUACAUGUGGCCGGUCUGAUGUUAGAGGGUAGUGGUACAUACACAUAUAUGUACACAUGACCGGUAUGAUGUUAUAGGGUACUAGUACAUACACAUAUAUAUAUAUGGUGAACAUUCUGGAGAGCGUAAAUGUAUGACAAAUGUCUUGUCAGGAUACUUUGAUGUUAUGUACAUUUGACAAUUUUGUUGUCAAAUAGAGGAUAUGGCUAAAAAGUCUUAUGUGUGCGCAAGACCAUUCGUAUGGCUUGACGUUUGUGAGGAUAUUCAUGUUGGUAGUAUUUAUUUUAAAUAUUUCAUUUAUUUUACUGCUUUGUAAAACAAGCACCACUGUGGUACGUUAAUGUUCUUUCCUGCACGAUCUCCUGUUGUCAGAACUUGUAUAUUUAAGUUAAGCUGAUAUAACAUUUUGCAUAACCCAACUAGCAUGUCAAUGUCAGAAGAAAGCCUUGUCUGUAAUAAUUGCUUUGUCUGGUCGUCAAACUACAUUUGUGAGCUAUUUCAUUAUGUCUUUAAUCAAAAUGUAUGAUCAUCUUCAAGCUUAUGUCUUUAAAAAAGAGAAUACAUGCUACAAAUCAUUGUACAUCAUUGAGAUUGAAAGGCAGCUUCCUCAUACACUUGUUUGUUAUUAUUGAUUACAGCAAUUGUGUUUGUGUGUAACACAUGUUUUAUUAUGAAUUCUAUAUACUUACCUGUACAUAGGAAUUAAGUAUAUAAUGUGUAUAUAUUGAAAUUUUGGUCUUGCAAUGUUCAUGUCUAAAGGUUUUGUAUAUGUAAAUGUAUUUUUGUAAAAAUUCAUAUAGUGUCAUGUAUACCUGUACAUAUAUAAUUGCUGAUUGAAAUGUACGCAAUUUGCAAAUUUAUAAAUCC